AAAAGAUAAAAUUCGCUGUGAAAUUAGUUAAAUCUCCUGCUCUGAGAUGUCCUUUUCAUUUACGCCCACAAGCAAUUCUGCUAUUGGAGCCGCAGCGCCCACAGCGGGUGCAUUCGGUUUUGGCGCGCGACCGGCGACUACAACGGCACCUCCUCCCGCUUUUGGUGCAACCGCUGCGCCAGCCUUUGGAGCUGCAGGAUCUUCGCCUUUCGGACAAGCGCCAGCAACAUCAGCCUUCGGACAGGCGCCCACAACGUCAGCCUUUGGACAGGCGCCUGCGACAUCAGCAUUCGGUCAAGCGCCCACGUCGUUGGGAUUUGCAGCGGCAACAGCAGCACAGCCUGGAUUCGGAGCACCUACGGCUCAGCCUGGGUUUGGUGCAACAACAGCCCAGCCAGGAUUCGGAGCACCCACGGCACAGUCUGGGUUUGGUGCACCCACGGCGCAGCCAGGAUUUGGAGCACCUACGGCCCAGCCCGGAUUCGGAGCACCUACGGCACAGUCCGGGUUUGGAGCUCCCACGGCCCAGCCCGGAUUCGGAGCACCUACGGCCCAGCCAGGAUUCGGAGCACCCACGGCCCAACCCGGAUUCGGAGCACCAACAGCAUUCGGAGCAGCUACAACAGCAUCUACAUUCGGCCAAGCAGCUCCUGCUGUCGUUAGUGUAGCGCCCACAUUCUCCUUUGCGCCGCCGGCCACCAGUGCCCCGACCACAGCACCGCCUGCUUUUGGCUUUGGCAGCACGGCCACCACCGCACCGGCCACUUCAGUGGGUUUGCAACCGGCUCUGACUGCUGGCAUUGGUUCCUUUGCGUUCGCCAAGCCCCAGGCCACGACGGCGGCCAGUCUGAACUUCAGCACGAACACCACGACGGCCACGGCGCAGCCCUUCAAUACGGGCCUGCGGCUGGGUGGCUCCACGUCGGCUGUGGGGAGUGGAAUCUUUGGCAAGCCGCCUGGCCAGCAGACCACAGCUCCCGCCACAUUUGUGGGUUUGGGCGGCAUCGAUGUCAGCGCCACGCAGCCAAAGCUGGGAGACAACAAGAAGGACGGGAUCAAGAUCAAGGAAACCCAAGUGCCGGACGAGAUAGUCAAGACAGUGGAGGCGCUGAAGGUGUACAUCAAGCAGCAGAAGACCACCUCCUCGGACAUCGGACGGACGUCCACCUCAAAGUUCUCGAAUGUGACGCACGAGAUCACGGGCUUCGCUUGGGCGCUGCAGAACAUGGCCAACUCCGUGGACGCCAACAACCAGCAGAUCAAGCUGCUGCGUUUGGAGACGGCUAAGGCCAUACAGUCGCUGGAGAUGGCCCAGAGGACUCAGGACACGCCCAUCGGACUUCAGUACGAGAACAAUGCUCCGUUCCAGUACUUCCAGUGUCUGGUGGUCAAGUACGAGCAGGAUUUGAUUGCCUUCCGGCAGCAGAUCACGCUCACCGAACGGCACAUGCACGCCCUGGCCAAUCCACAGAGCAUCGCGCCCGAGGACCUGAAGCGCGGCCUUCGGCAGCUCAACGAAGCUUUCAUCUCGCUGGCAGGCCGCUUGCACGACCUUCACCAGCGCGUGGAGGAGCAGAAGGAGCUGUAUCUGAAUCUGCGACGAUACAAGCUGCGCGACGCCACCAAUGUCUUUGAGAAGAUCGAUAAUCCACCGCCGCCGGCAGUCGAGCCUCAGCGGAUCAGCAGUGGCCCGACGCCCUUCUCCAACAUCUCGGCCAUUAGUAGCCUGAACAAAUCGUAUGCCUCGGCGGCGGCUGCCUCCUCCAGCAAUGCGGCAGCCAAGUGAUUGAUUGUCCUCCAAU